AUGGUACCCGGCCUGUCUGUUGAAUCAUCCAUUGAAAGGUUAGAGAAUGUAUUUCUCAGACUUAUGGAUGCGCAGUUAAAACUUAAACCAUCCAAAUGUGUCUUCUUCCAAAAGAGUGUUAAGUUUCUAGGCCAUGUUGUGUCAGCAGAGGGCGUUCAGACUGAUCCAGACAAAGUUAAGGCCAUCCAAUGCUGGCCAACACCUCAAACCCCCAAGGAAGUUAGAAGUUUUGUUGGACUUGCAUCUUAUUACAAACGCGUUGUGAAAGGAUUUAGUGCCAUUGCACGAUCUCUCUAUAAUCUCACAGAAAAAGGUUCAAAGUUCACAUGGACGCUAGAGUGCGAGGCCGCCUUCCAAAAUGUAAAGGAGGCAUUGAGCUCACCUCCAAUACUGUCAUAUCCCCUUCCCGGAUUCAAAGUUCAUCCUUGA